AGCACCAGCUCAGUAGUUGGCCAGUGUGCUAUUUAGGUGAAGGGUCAUCGUCCACAUCAGUCACCUUCGUGUCGGUGUCAGAGUUAAGAACAUGUUCGAAACCCGUCAGAGAAACACUGACAGCAGGUGACCUGCUUGGUGAGCAGCAGCCACGACUGUCCUCACUGAACAUCAGCAAAUAACUAUUUCAGGUUAGCACCUCGUCAGCUAACUGUAUUUAGCCAUGGAGCUAACAGCUAAAUAACGUGAUUUAAAGUGUCACUCCGUUACUUGCGUCACUUGACUAAAGCUGGUUCACAUGCUCUUGACAAUCCGGUGUUUAUCUGGUGUUGAAUUCAAAUGUCCUCAGGGCAAACACUGGCUUCAUAGCAGGCUAAGCUAAUUGUAGCUCUGUGGUAUCCCAGUGCUCGUGUAAUGCUAAUAUGAGGCUAGCCGUGUACCCCGCGUCCGUGUUUCUCAUUCAAACCUUUCGUUGUUCAGCGCGUUUCUUGUACUCACCUUUCCUUGCUUUGAUAAGUGCGGCCAUGUUUCCUUCCUCUCAGUUGGAUGAACAACACUAAGCUAACCGCUGUCUCCCCAGGAGCUUACCAAACUGCUGCCUUCAGGGGCUGACGGAAUUUGUAACUGUCAACUUUGACAACAUAUUCAACAUGAAUGGUCCAGAAUAUUCGAAUAACUGUUCUAAAGUCUAUUUGCUUCUUGCUCACUUGUGAUCCUGACACAUUUUUUUGACCUAAAGUAAACAGCCACGGAAUUAUAACACAGCCACCGAGCAUUUUCAAGGAGCAUUCAAGGAACCCUGAAGGCAACAUGUGCCCCAAAUUGACACCAGAAGAAGAACACAUCAGACUUGUGAUGAUGGACGUUUGUAGACUUACAAUUGCACAAUGCCUUAAUGUAACUUCCCUAUCCAAUGUAGAUGUAGUACUAUUGUUUGUGAAUGUAUUAAAGACUUGGUUCUACUCAUAAGUUCUAGUUGCAGUUGAGGGGGUUCUAUGGGUCCUAUAGGGCUCUUUUUGGUUCCUUAAGAGCUUCAAGAGGGAGGUGAGGAGCUUUCAUGGAUUUUUAAGAGGUUCUGUGAUCCUUUAAUGAACUGUAGCGGUCAUUCUGGGGUGUAUUGUGGUCGGUGAGGAGGUUUUUGUCUCUAUUAUAGGGGUUAUCAAAUACGUUCUAUUGGUCAACGGAGAUUAUAGAUCUUACAAGGGUUUUGUUGAGGUUUUGGAAACUGAAAUAUGAUCAGUCAAAUUUGCUUAACAGUGUAUUUCACUGUGAGAUAUGGAAACAUUUAUGUUCAUAGUUAAUAUUAGGUUACUGUCAAAUUGUCUUUUUGGUAUAAAUGUAAACAAAUGCCUCAAUGAUAAUUUUGUCAAAGGAAAACAUUUAAAAACAGUAUGUACUCAUUAUUAGCAGUGCAGUAGUCUGGUCAAUUAUAUUCAAUUGAUUUAGUUAUAUUAUUAUAGCUAUAUAGCCCAAGGAGAUACAAUAAAUAAAAAAUGUAAACUCUUAACAAACUAAAAUUUUUCUGUGGAAUGAAUAAAGGUAAUCCAACCAGGGAGGUUUCAGGUUUUUCACAACAUGUUUAUUUUUUAGCACCAUAAAAAGUCAGUUAAGGUUGUCCAGUGUAUUCGCUCUCAUUCUGUCUUUCCUUUGGGAUGGAGCGUUGAUGGUGGAGAUUCAGGAAAGGAUUGGAGAAAGCCGGUGUUUGGAGAUAUAAGCGAGAGGGCUGUAAUGGCUACAACAGCACCCGGCAGCCAGCAGGUGUCAUUCACUUGCUGGCAGAGGUGAAGGUGAAGCAUCCUCUCUGGUGGAACUGCAUGUCCCUGAUACGACGCAUGGACUGGAUCUGGGGCUGGAAGGCGCAGAAGUCGUUGUAGUGUCUGUAGUCACCACACUCAAACAGGUACUGGUAGCCUCUGUAUCCAGGGUACUGGUAGCCCACCCACCUGAGAGACAUGGAGCGAGUGGGGAGAGUUAAUACUGACUCACUGUAAAAGGUAUCUAAUUCUCUAAAAGUUUUGUAAUUUAACAUGACUCACUUGUAACAUUAAUAUCAUUUCUAUCCUAUUGUGUUAGUAUACAAUGUUUAUAUGGUGUUUUUAUAUAUAUAUAUAUAUUAUUAUUAUUGCUAAAACUUAAUGAUGUGAUGACAACAUUCAUUUCAUAAUACAGGAAUACACUGGAGAUUGUCCUUCAAGCAGAUCUAAUAGGGUGAUUAAUACUCUGUGGGUCCAUUUGGAGGUCAAGAAUUUCAGGCGUUUAACGGUGACUCAAUAGAUUCUUAGAUAAAUUCAACUAGCUGUUAGAAGUAUUCUAGGUUGUUGAAUUGUCAUUUAAAUUUUAGAUAAGAGGUUCUAUUGAUCCUGUAACAUGUUGUAGUUGUCACAUGGAAGGUUCCACUGGUCCCUAUACAUUUCUUUUGGUAUGUGUGGUAUUUUUAUCUAGUGUUGAGAAGGGGAAUUGAGGGGCUCUAGUAAUCUUUUUACCGGAUGUAUAACUAGGAAGGUUCAUGAAUGAUGCUGUAUGGUGCUUUAGAGAGUUUAGAAAUCUAGAGAUUUUAGUCACUGAGAGAUUCCAACAUUCCCAUAAAAAUGUGAGACUUUCGUCAUAAUAAUAUGAGGACAAACAACUAGGCCAAAAAUAUGCAUUUGUCAAAAAGACAAGUUAGCUUUAAGCCUUAUGACAUAUGACAUGUCAUACUAUUGUUUAUGAACAGCUACAUUGUAGUGUAAAGAAGCCUGCAGUUCCCUUCUGAAACUAUGUCUAUGUCUAUUUGCAGUACAGAGCCUCCACCUUAGUUAUAUAUAGAAAAGGAGCCGACAAGGUUUUUCUCCCAGGCUGUAUGAUAAGCCUUUUCUCAUUGUCAUAUUGUUUUAGAAAUGCCUACUGACUCUUGAUCAAAUCUAUUCAUAUUGAAACCCCAGCAGUUAACUACUGAAACGUGAGUCUGAGUCUACUCACGCUCCUCCGGGCACCCUCACGCUGCCCACUCUGUCGCAGAAGCCAUGCGCCCAGAGGGUGGGCACAUCAUCCUCCUGGAUCUCCAUCUUGUUGCCCUUGAAGUCGGAGAGCUCAUACAGGCAGAUCUUGUGCUCCAAGCUGUCCUGUAGGGAUGAAAUGAGGUGUUGGCAAAUUAACAGAUGCUGUUUAAGUAACAUUAACUACACAUGCAUCAGUCAUAUUCCUGUUUUGUUUUUUGCAAUGAAAUGUGGUACAGACUGCUGAUGACAAAUCUUAAUGUCUCAGGUGAUACUUUCACAUUUCAUCUGGCACCCCCUGUCAGCUACCCCUCACUGUUAAUACCCAAACUGAGUUAAACAUUAGACAGAGGAUGAACCCUUUGGAUUUAGUAUUGACCUUUCAACUUUAGUAGUGAGGCUCUAAGAGAGUCUUUGGAGGUGGAACAAUUCACUUCUAAAUUACUGUAUCGAUAGGAUAUCAAAAAAGCUAAAUCUUUGAAUCCAUAAAGAAAAUAAUUAGUAGCUAUAUCAGUGGUUAAAUCUCAGCUUCAUCAAGUCAGUAGCAAGGCUAGAAAUGGAUGGUCUUACUUUUUCUGUUCUUUUAAAGAAAUGUAGUACUCUAUGCUUACAAUAUAGUAAGUGAAGGAUGAGGCUAGUAUAUACACUGUUACACAUACCAUGCGGAUGGGCCUGAGGGACAUGAGGCAGUCACUGCGGUAGGAGUUGCUCCAGGUAUCCCAGCGAGGAUACUCUCCCUUCUCCAGGAUGAACAUCUCCCCACGGAAGUUAGUCUGCUCAAAGGCAACAAAGCUGGAGAAGGGGGGCCGCCGGGCACAGGGGGGGCACAAGGGGGGAGAGGACAGGAGAGAAGAAUUAGAGGAGAGGUAAUAUAAAGUGACUAGAGAAAAUACAUAUAAAGAUAGUAUCAGACUGUGUGUUAUAUCAUGUUUGUCCAAAUGUGUGUCCAUCCACUUACGGGCCGCACUCCACAAUGAUACUACGCACUCUAUCCAAGCCACGGUCACACACGUUCAUGCACUCAUUCUGGACCUCGAUCAUCCUGCCCUGGAAGUUCUCCUGGUCGAACAGCAUGACCUGAGCACAGGAAAUAUUAGAAGUUACAAAAACAGACACAACAGCAAUCAUCAUAUCCUUUGUGAGACCCAUCUGAAUCUUCUCGAUCUAAGUAAUCAGCUAAUUAUGAAUUCUAAUAUCCAUCUGUAAAACCCUAGAAAUAACUGACUUUUGUUUGGCAACAGCACCUGUCACACAGACUGAGAAUGGCAUUAAAGGUGACCUUAUUCUGUCCGAGCAUGAAAAGUAUGCACAAGUCUCUCCAAUAUGUUCAGUUACUAAUGUAUGAGGCAUCAGCAUUAUAAUUUACUCAUGUGCUUUAAUUUUCACCUUUCAGAGUGUUAUUUAGUCCACCAUGUUAAAUUGAGAGCUAGAGUCACUGGUUACUUUGCAGAUUAGGAUUUUACCCACAGAAGUAUGAUGUUAUAUUAUAGGAAUGUCAUAAUAUAUAAAAUAUCACAAACUGAGUGUGUAUAAAUAAGUCUCAUAUUAGCGCCACUGUGGCCAACCACAACAUGAAAAUUCAUAUUCUAUGUUAAUGCAAUCAAAUAAAAAAAGAUAUAUAUAUAGCUGUGUAUUUUCACACAAGGGAUAUUGCUACUGUACUUAUGCUUAGGGAAAGAAUCUGAGUACUUAUUUCAACACUGCUAUUUUCACCAGAUGUAAUCUAAUCCUGAACAAAGUUAAAUAAAACCUUGCACAGAAACAAAUCCCUUUAAAGUAUCUGUCUACUCGAUUCACAAAGACAUUUUUUUUGUCCCAAUUAAAGAGUGGUUGCAAUUAUUAACAUAACUUUUUCUAAAGUUGCCAAAUUAGAAAAACAUUAGCAAUAGGAUAAGAUUUCUAGAAACAGAUUUCUAGAAACAGACUUGUUCAGUUUUUCAAAUGCUGUUAGCACCUCUAAUUGAAUUCCAUGGCAAUAUAAAUAGGGAAAAUCUCAUUGAAUAUCUUAACACCUGAAAAUAUGUUUUCAUUGUAAUUUUGUUGAACUGAACCUGUGACUGAGUAUUCUGUAGAAAUGUUGUGUGUGCGUCUGUCUAACGCAGCUGUGACUCACUCUGAAAGAUCCCAUGCCAGGCUCUCCGGUCUUGGUGGCCUUGCUGGAAGCAGCUGGAGCGGGGGCUCCCUUGUCCUUGGCAUCUGUGCCCUGGCUGGAGGCGGACUUGGCAGUCUGAGACAUGAUUAACCAUGCUUUUGUCGGGGGGGACAAAGACAAGCCCCUCCCUGCUGCUGAGCCGGGGCUUUCAGCAUGGCCCCUUGCCAGGGGAGGCUUUAAAAGGGUGGGGGCGCGUGUCUACUCUCACUCUCACGGCAGGACAUCCCAAGGGCAUCAAAGCAAGACAAGAUGACUCACCAUUGCACCAAGUUCUCCGGCCACUGGAAGAUCAUUGUCUUCGACGAGGAGUGCUUCCAGGGCCGUCGCCAUGAGUUCACCUCCGAGUGCUGCAACGUGAUGGAGUUUGGCUUUGAGACCGUGCGCUCCCUCAGAGUGGAGAGUGGAGCCUGGGUGGGUUAUGAGCACGCCUCCUACCAGGGACAGCAGUUUGUCCUGGAGAGGGGAGAGUACCCCCAGUGUGAUGCUUUCGGCGGUAGCAAUGCCUAUCACAUUGAGAGACUGACCUCCUUCAGACCAAUUGCCUGUGCUAACCACAGAGAGUGUCGUAUGACUAUCUACGAGCGUGAGAACUUCCUGGGCCGCAAGGGUGAGCUUAGCGACGAUUACCCCUCCCUCCAGGCCAUGGGCUGGUGCAACAACGAAGUUGGCUCUCUCAGGAUCCAGUCUGGAGCAUUUGUGUGCUACCAGUACCCUGGCUAUCGUGGAUACCAGUAUAUCAUGGAGUGUGAUCGUCACUGUGGGGAGUACAAACACUUCAGGGAGUUUGGCUCCCACUGCCAGACCCCUCAGAUCCAGUCCAUCCGCCGCAUUCAGCAGUAACAACUUACUCCAAACUCCCCAGACCCCCCCCUUCCCAUCUGACCCUUCACCUUUUACCCCUGCUGCUACCUAGUGCUGAAUAAAAUGUAUUUCUUAAACCCUA